AUAAAGAUAGUACCGUGUGCCAAUGCUAAGUAUAUACCGACGAGGAGCGACGUCUAGCGUCGCGGGUCAGUCUCGAGCGUCCAGACGCCCAAAACGCGUCCACGAUCAUGUAGCUGCACCGGAGAAUACAAGUGAUUGUGCGUGAAUAUGAGUGAUAACAUUCCAUCAACGACUUUACCUCGCAAAAGGUCUCGUCGAAAGUACGACAAGACGAAGCUGCCCACGCCCCCGCCCGACCCCACCGAGAAAGAAUCGGAAAAAGAUGACUUCCUGGCGUACCUCGACAGCCUCCAGAAAUCCAACUUAUACUCCCGCUCCACGUCCACCUUCACCCCCAUCAUCGCCACCGAGGACGCCUUCGACCACCUGGAGAAGCUCUACAAGCUCAUGGAGCAAAUGCUCGAACUCCGCGAGCAGAACGCCCGCCUCCACCGCCGCGUCCGCGACCUGGAGCACCUCAACAACUUGGAGAAGAUGCGCAAGGAGCUGGACGUGGGCGACGACUGCCCCGAGCUGGACAAGGACACCGCCUUCGCCGAGACCAUCCUGGAGUCGAUCCUCUCGGAGACGAAGAGCCCCAAGCAGAAGAUCUCCGCGCCUUCGAGGCUGCGACAGUCGAUCUCGCGGAAAGGGCGCACCAGGAGCGGCUCGGUGACGGUGGCGGGCCUGGAGCAGGAAGUGAGGGGCGACAGGAGGGCGUCGACGUGUGUGGACAGUAGGGCCAAGCCGGCCAAAGUGUCGAAAUGGACGAAAGUGAAGGCGGCGUUUAAGUGGGAGAAAGCCGCCCCCAAUGUGAGUGACGCCAAGUCGCAGGACAGUGGGAUUGGGGGCAUGGUGCCGGUGGAGGUGGCGAGGUAUUUGAGGGUGCCGUCGUGCGACGACCACGGGCACAGUCCGGUGGACUCGGGGGCGGCGGAGGCGAGCACGCCGGCGAGCCUCUCCACGGCUUCGUCCACGGAGGAUUUUCACAGACAUGAUCAGCGAAGUCCGUGCGAAGAUUUUCGAAGUUCAGAUGAUGAGCAUUCACAUAAUUACAUUCCACAUUCCAAGGAAGGAUCCCAAAAAUCACACAAAAGCCACAAAACACCAUGGGCCAAGAUGAAAGAUAUUAUCCAGACGAGGAACAGCUUCAAAAAGAAGCACAGGUUGAGUGCACACAGCGAUGACAUACAAAUUGACGUGGAGCUGUGUAGUGACAACGAAGACAAUGUUUUCGAAGAUGAAGAGAAAAAGUCGCCCAAAAACUACGCAAGAAUGGACUCAAACGACCUCCCACCUGAAGUGGUGGCCAGGUACCAACAAGCAAUAGCUGAGGAUUCUGAUUUGAAGAAAGUUUCAAAGUGGACGAGAGUCAAGAAGGCGUUUUUGCCACCUCCUGACAGUGUCCAAGACACCGUUGAAGACGAGAUUCAAAGAAAUUACAAGCAACUGCAGAAGAAACUCAGCCUGGAAUUCCAGGAGAAGCUCACAGAGUGGGAAAGAAUGAAGCAAAGCUCUCCCGGAACGUCCAACCCUUCGUCCUCUUGUGGCUACAUCGAGGAAACCAAAGACUCAGCCUUUAUGAAAAAAAUGGAAGAGUGGCAAAAAAUCAAGUCCCAACCGUCCGUCAAAAGAAGCAUCCAGAUGACCAGUGAGGAAAACCUCCCACCUGAGUUCCGCAAAAAGCUACAAGAGUGGGAAAAAAUGCGGAAACUUUCAUGCCCCAAAAAAAAACUAUCCGAAGUACCGCGCUGGAAGUCGCUCAGCGCCCCCAAAAGUGAAACCUCCCCAACCAUCGAAUACCCCCCCUUAUCCGAAGAUUUUAGAAAGAAGCUAGAAGAGUGGAAACAAAUCAAAUCCGGAGCCACACCGGAAGCCAAGUCAAGCCCGAAACUAACCCGGAAAGAAUCAUCCCCCAAACACAGCAAAAAGCACAAAGACCCCCACGACAAAGAACUCCAAUGGUUUGAAAAAGAGUUGGGAAAAAUCGAAAAAGAAAAACAACGACUGGAGCGCGAAAGACAAAAAUUCCUCGAGCGGGAGGAGAGUUUAUCAAAAUUGCGAAGCUCAGUUCUUGGUGGUUUGAAGAAGGAGGUCCUGAUCCACACCCCUUCGGGGUUUUACCGCUUCGAGGGGAUUUCCCGGAAGUUUACCCAGAAAUUGUACGAGUGGGAGAAGGCGCAAGGCAUUGGUCCAGAAUCGUCCACUUUUGCUCUUUUGAACUCGUCUCUGAAUCGCAAAACUAGCCCCAAACACAAAACUCCAGACGGGACUCCGCCUCUGGUGCGGUCCAAGUCUGCCGAUAGUAUUGCCAUUUCGGCGCUGAAUCUCACUUGUCCUUUGAUGAGCCACCAACCUUCGAGUUUGUCGCUGAACGAUGUGGAGGAGCUGGAGAAGGAAGUCCUGGCUGAGUCUAAAUCUUCGUCGCUGCAGUUUGUUGAAGAUGAGCCGGAGGCGCUGAUUGUUGAAGUUGAAGAUAUAGUUGAGGAGACGGCGGCGCCGUUGCCGACUUACUCACAGAGGAUUCAACAACCGGUGUAUCAGAGGGAAGAAUUGAAGACCAUGUGUGAGGGUGAAACGUGCGCCGCCCCCAAAGUGCGCCGCAGCGAGUCAGCCAAGGCCCAAAACAAUUACAAUUUAAUCGAAGAAAUUUUCAGCAUUUUGAAGAAUCUCAUUGAGAACGAGUUAGAGAUCCAGAGAACUCAGGAAUUGAUGAGCGAGCAAGAGACGAAAGCCAAUUCGGAUUUGAUUCGGCUAAAGAUGUUUGAUGAGUCGCAAAAAGCUAUGUCAGGUCGUCUCAACGACAAGAUCCAGCGUUUGCAAGAGGCGAAUUCGAGCGUUUUUGCGAGCAUUACGAGAGAUGAGUCGGAAAUGAGACAAGUUGUUGAGACUUUAGAAACCGUCCAAGACCUAUCGUCGGAGAUCAAUCAAUUGACCGAACGAUUGGAUUCUGAACUGACCAAUCGUAACGUUUACGAAGCGUUCCGAGAAUGUGGCGCUCGGUCUUUAAACCCAAUCAUAGAAACUGCCAAAGACAUCAAGACCAAAAUUUUGGAGUUGAGAAGACGUCUCAGUUACAUUUGUGCUGCUUCAGAUCUAACAGCCCCCAGAAGAAAAUUUUCAAAAAAAUUGGUAAAAAAAUCAACAUCAAACGAGUCCAAUACAGGAAGCGAAGGCCGUCUGUACGUAAAAUCUGACACUUGCAACACUCAGAGUCAAGGGGCUAUCAAAAAACGGAUCCGCUACAGGCAAAAAAGCCAACAGAACCGUAAUCUAGCAGACACUGAUGAUGAAGAAGACGAAGUGCAAAAAAACACCCACAAAAAACUAACCCGGACAAGAUCUGUUUCCGAAAGUAGUGGAGCGAAGAAAGAAACUGUGGUAGUUGACGAAAGCAUAAUCCAAAAAGUUGUAGUUCCGACACAAACCAACUUCUUGGACAUUUCUUCUCUUGACGAAGAAGCAAAACCAUCAGAUUCCCCUGUUACUGUUUUCGUAAAAACAACCAGAAAAUUGUUCACUCCUUUGGUGGAGAGUGGACUAAGUCGGGAACCAGACGAAACAAAAGACAAUUCAAGCGAACGCAGUUCCACCCCCGUGACCCACCUGCCUCCAGUGUCCCCCGCCCCCCAACGGAAACUCCUCAAGGACAUUUCCCCCAGCAUCAGAAUCAUGAUGGACAAGUACAACCAGAAAAUCUCCGAAUCACCAGCCACCAAAUCGGGGAAAAGCAGCGGUUCCGCUUCGCCAGUAGCCUGGCGUUCGCCAACGGCGGAACGAAGAGUCAAAGCCCAAACGGAACGCUACCAAGAAGAAUUAAAAAAAUCAACCCCAGUGCAAAAAUCCGCAAGUGCCAGUUUCCUCCACCGCCAACUCCCAACCCCCAAAACCGCCCCCUCCGCCAUCGCCAAAUCCUCAAGUGUCGCCACUUUCGCCAAAAACGAACACCUCGAGGCGAAGCGACUUUCCGCCGAACUAAGACUCCAAAAAUUGCAAAAAGCCAAGGAAGAAUUUCUGAAUUCUGGCCCAACUUCUGCCCCUCCACAGGUUUCGGAGGAAGCGAUCAAAUUUCCCGCCAGAAACCGCCUGAGUCAGAUCAGUGUGGACAGUGAGUCGAGUUAUGAUUCGGCUUGUGGAACUUUGAUCAAGUCGGCAAGUGCUGGAAUGAUCAACGUUGAUGCUCUGGUGUACAGACAAAUUGACCCGGAGGUGCAUGGAGGGGGCUAUGUGUCGCUCCCCCGGAGUACGAAGAAGCAGAAGGGGCUGCUUGGGGGGAAGUUCGGGUUUUCGAAUAUUGCCUCCAAGUUCAGGAAAGUGAAAAUGAGGAAAGGGAAGGAGAAAAUGAACGCGGUUUCGACUUUGUGUCGGCAGAGCUUGGUGGUGGAUAUUCAGCCACAGUUGGCUGAGGGGAAAGGCGGGGAGGAGGGUAAGGAGACGUCCCCAGGGACUUCGAGGAGCAACAGUUGGAUAAAGAAACCGAAAUUUUUUAAGAAAUGAUUUUGUAUUUGUACUAACUGAAGCAUUUAUGAUUAACAAUUGUGUAAAAAAG